AUGGCGCUGGUACACUUUGACAGGCUCAAGGAUGAGAAGGUCCAAGACCAAAUCGUCAAGCUGACGGUUGGGUACCCCCACAAACCGGAUUACUUUGUCAACAAACUCGCCCACGGCCUGGCGGCCCUCUGCGCGACGUUUUUCCCCAGACCGACCAUCAUCCGGCUCAGCGAUUUCAAGACAAACGAGUACGCGGGCCUGAUCGGCGGCGCUGAGUUUGAGCCUUUGGAAGAAAGCCCCAUGCUUGGCUUCCGCGGCGCGUCGAGGUACUACUCCCCGCGCUACCGCGACGGUUUCGCGCUCGAGUGCCGGGCCAUCAAGCAGCUGCGCGAGGUGAUGGGGUUCACCAACGCGGUAGUGAUGGUGCCGUUCUGCCGGACGGUGGACGAGGCGAAGAAGGUGCUGGAUGUCAUGGCGGAGAAUGGGCUGCGGCGCGGGGAGGGAGGGCUGAAGGUUUAUGUCAUGUGCGAGAUACCGUCGAAUGUUAUCUUGGCCGAGAGGUUCACGGAGCAUUUUGACGGGUUUUCCAUCGGGUCGAAUGACUUGACGCAGUUGACUUUGGGGGUGGACAGGGACUCGGGGCUGUUGGCUGAUUUGUUUGAUGAGCAGGAUGAGGCGGUCAAGUGGAUGAUUGCGAGGGUGAUCCGGGUGGCGAGGGAGAGGGGGUCAAAGGUGGGUAUUUGUGGGCAGGCGCCAAGUGAUCACCCAGAGUUUGCGAGGUUUCUGGUCGAGGCCGGGAUUGAUUCCAUUUCGGCUGAAACAGCAAUCGAAUCCCGGCUAGAAAUGGCUAACGGGCCUUACCUCCCUCUUGUCGAAGAGGAUCGAAGCGCAGAUACUCGCCACAACAGACCCAGUCCCAAACGGCGUGGCCCCCUUGGCCGUGAAGAUGGUCUCGGCUCUCUCUUUACACUCUUUUGCAAGCUCCUGGUGUCCAAACGUGUCGGGCGAGAGCACCUUGUCGAGGGGGAUGCCGUUGAUGGUCGCCGACGACCAAGCAACCACCUGACCGUCGCCAUGAACGCCCAAAACAAACAGCUGGAUCGAGCUGGCGGCCACCCCGGCCUUUUCCGCCAGCAAACCCCGGAUCCGGACCGACUCGAGGAACGUCCCGGAGCUAAAGACCUGGAACUUGGGCAGCCCGGCAAGCUCUUGAGAAAUCGAGGUGAGGAGAUCGACCGGGUUGGAGACGAGAAGGACGAUGGCGUCUGA